UUUCUUUUUCAGUCGAUCCUUUCUGCUCUUUCAAAAGGUAGAUUAGAAUGUGACAUACCAGAUGAAACACGUAAAAAAUUUGACCAAUGGUAUCUACAACAAAUUUUUCAACACUGUCGUCAAGUGGCCCUAUUACAGCAACAACACCAUCAUCUUCAGCAACAGCAGUUAUCAUUGGAUCAAGGUCAAAUAACAACUAGUCCGGGACAGCAACAGGAACGUUCAAAUCCACAAUCUCAGGGUCGAACAAGAAUUCGGACUUCUUUUGAUCCUGAAUUGGAGCUUCCAAAACUGCACCGUUGGUUUGCUGAAAAUCAGCAUCCUUCUCGUCUUCAAAUACAACAAUAUGUGAAAGAACUUAAUUCUCUAGAAUCAAGAAGGGGUAGAAAGCCGUUGGAUGUGAAUAAUGUAGUAUAUUGGUUUAAAAAUGCUCGGGCUGCUCACAAGAGAGCAGAACAAAAAGGCUGUGCUGAAAGCAAUGGACUUCGAAGUCCCUGCUUGGAAAUUGUUACAGAGAGUUAUAGUACAGGAACUAUGGAUCACAGUACAACCGAAGAAGGAGUUCUAAUCAGUAGACCAGGAAGUUCUGAAGAAAGACGUAGAGAAAUUGAUAGUGGAAGAUAUAGUGGUGUCGAUAGCCAUUCAGAAUCGCAGCCAAACAGUUCUGAUGAUUCUGACAAUGCUCACACAUUAGAUCUCUCAGUUCGCCGGCCACCUUCAGAUAGAUGUUCAAAUGGCAAUUGUUCGCCACUACAAAAUAGUCCACAGGAAUUAAAAGUGAAGGAAGAACCUAAGGAUUCAAGCAGUGAGCAUUCAAUGGAUUCAAGUGAAAGUGGUGAAGAAGAUAUUGACAUCAUGGAUGAUGUUCCCAUGGAAAAAGAUGAACAAGACUUACCUAUUGUUUCACAUUCUGAACAUGAAAUUGCAGAAUCUGCAAGAGCUCAUCAGAAUGGACUCCUCGAAAGCAAUUCUCCAUUGUCACAGAGAAGAGAAGAAUUUUCUGCUUUUGGAUCCGGAACUGUUGGUAAUUUAGAAGAAAGACGAAAAAGAAACCGUACAUUUAUUGAUCCAGUGACAGAAGUGCCCAGGCUGGAACAAUGGUUUUCUAUAAACACUCAUCCUGCCCAUAGUCAAAUUGUUCGUUAUACACAGGAGCUCAAUGGUAUGCCAUAUCGUCAGAAAUUCCCAAAAUUAGAACCAAAAAAUAUACAGUUUUGGUUCAAAAAUCGUCGUGCUAAAUGCAAACGAUUAAAUCUUGCAGCACUUCACAACAGUGGUCCAUGCUCGGAUAAAUUGUUACUGCCAACAAACUGACAUUAUAAUAUAAGAAACAUAGUGCUAAAUAGUUACCAUUGACUAGGUAACAUUUUUUUCUGACACAAAACAUCUAGUCAAGCUAACAUUAGCAUAGUGUUAUAAACUAGUGUGGACAUGUCAUUUAUCAUAUAGUAUAAAGCGUGGACUUCAUGUACGAUCACAUUUAUUUUGCCAGUCAAAUAGUUUAUGAUCAUUUACCUAUUGACAUGGCAUGUAAUGCCAGUUAAUAUCGGGAGUAUUCAUAGAAAAAGUAUAGAUACUAAUAUUGCACAAAUGUGUUUAAUAAUAGAGCUGACAUAUCAGUUUAGAAACUUAAUUCAGAUUUGUGCCCAGCAGCAAAUUAUGGUAGAAAUUGUAAAUAUAGCACAUCACAGAAUAUUUCAUUAUAUUUGUAAAACAGUAACAAAAAAAAGAAAAAAAACCUAUAUUUCAGUGAUUUCUGUGGUUCUCAAAAUAACAUUAAUUAGUUAUGAAAUAUACUGUUAUUCUGUUGUGAAAAUUUAAAAAACUUUCACCAGAAAAGUUAAAAAUUUUAUGAUAAACAAUCAUAGACUUAAAUAAAAUGAAUGUUACAUCCAAACAAAAUGUGAAAACAAGAAAAUUUUCUUAAUGCAAUUACAAAAUGCAUUAAGAAUAAGAAAAUUAUUGAAACAAUACUGCAUCGUUGUAACAUCAAAAACACUUAAAGAAAAUCAGAGUGAAAGAUGCAGAAUAAAAGAUUGUUUAUUGUAUUCAUAACAUUCAACCUCCAUUCAAUUUGAAAUUAAACAACAUGAUGGAUACAAAGUUUCAAACAUUCAGAACAAUUUCACAAUGCUAUAAUGUAAUUAAGCAAGCAAACUGAAAAUUUCUAGUCUAAAAUUGUCCAGUUUUCUGACGCAGGAACGAAAAUUUUUGAUUUUUUAAUUGUUACGAAGAUCAGAAAAUGAAAAUUUGUUAUAAAUUGAGCAAAAUUCAGUUUUAUCGAUUCAUUAUGGAAGAUUUAAAUAUAACAAAAAAAUAAUUCAGUGUUAUAUUUAUUUCUUCGUUAAAACGUUGAGUGAUGGAUUAAAUUAUAGAAUAUCCAAAUUUUUAUCUUUAUCAUUUACAUUUUUAAUAAUACAAAUUAUGUUUUCUACAAAUAUUUUUUAUUAUUAUUAUUAUUAUUAUUUAACAGUUUAUAUUGAUAUACUUCUGUAACAGAUCAAUUUCAAAAUGAAUCAAGCAUGCAACUUUAAUGAAAAUUCUUUGAAUCCUAUUGUGGCACAUUUGUGAACAUUGCACAAAAUGAUAAAAUGUUUGCUGCUCACCUCAUUGUUACUUUUUAUAGUUGGUAAGUUCAAAAGUUUUGUUAUUCUCUAAAUAUAUAUUAUACACACAUGCAUAUAUAUAAAUAUAUGUAAUCCCCAGUUUAAUGUUAGUUAAAAUUUAGUGUUAAAUUGCAAAUUUUUAAAUUCAUGUUUGAAAAAAAGAUGAUAAUACUUUUUCUCAAUUUUAAUAACAGUGUCAUCCAAAAUACUUCCAUUUUACAAUAUCUGCAAUUGCAUUUCCGAAUAAUUCUUACUAUAAAUCUUAUGAUAUUUGAAAGGAAAAAAUAAACACAAAUUUAUAAAUAUCUAAUUAAAUAAAAUGUCAAAAAUACCCAAGCUAAAAUUAAUUAUUAUUUUUUAAUUAAAUUCUUUAUACUAAGAAUGUGCAAUUAUUUUAGAAUUCUAAAAAAGUAGCCACCUAUAAUAAUGGAAUUUAUUUUAAAUAUUUAAUAUUAAAA